UUUGCAUACUUUGCGUAUUAUUUAGUGGCAACACAAAAAUCGACUCAGUUUCCUGUACUGUUACUGUUUGUGUUUGGCAAAAAAUGAGUUGAUACGCGGCCAAAAGCAACAAUUUAAUUUAUUGUUUACUCGGAGACAUACGAAACAUGACGUUUUCUUCAAAGAUUGGAAGUGCGGUAAAUAAAUUAUGCUGAAAAGAUGACAAUAUCAUGUUGAAAUAUGACGAUUUGGUUGCUGCUCACGUGGAAGCCAAAGUGUUUUCCGAGCUUCCUGAUAGCUGCCUCACGUCCAAGCACCAAGACGACGGUGUUUAUUCCUCUACAUUUAUUUAUCUUUUUUCCACGUCUUUUCUCUACACCGAACUGUAAAAAGUUCUUGUCACCCGGCAGAAUUAUGGACGAGACGAGUCCGCUUGUCUCUCCGCUCCGUGACUCAAAUGAUUCCAGCUACGGUCCCACAGAGCCCACCAGCCCGCGGGGCGCCUUCGGAGGCACGCCGGGCUCAGUGGUGCGCAUCUCCGCCGGCAGUCCGAGUCGCAGCCGAGAGAGACAGCCGCUUCUGGACCGCGACCGCGGAACCUCACAACGCGAUCCUCACCGGAACGAAUUCCCGGAGGAUCCCGAGUUCAGAGAGAUCAUCCGCAAGGCCGAGCGAGCUAUCGAGGAGGGCAUCUACCCAGAGAGGAUCUACCAAGGAUCCAGUGGUAGCUAUUUUGUUAAAGACUCUCACGGGAAGAUCAUUGGUGUGUUUAAACCUAAGAAUGAAGAGCCCUACGGCCAGCUUAACCCCAAAUGGACCAAGUGGCUCCAAAAACUAUGCUGUCCAUGCUGUUUUGGGCGUGACUGUUUAGUUCUCAACCAGGGUUACCUCUCGGAGGCGGGCGCUAGCCUGGUUGACCAGAAACUUGAGCUCAAUAUUGUUCCCAGGACCAAGGUGGUAUACUUGGCGAGUGAAACUUUCAACUACAGCGCCAUAGACAGGGUCAAGUCUCGAGGGAAAAGGCUUGCCUUGGAGAAGGUGCCAAAAGUUGGUCAGCGCUUCCAUAGGAUUGGACUGCCUCCUAAGGUUGGCUCCUUCCAGCUCUUUGUGGACGGGUACAAGGAUGCAGAUUUCUGGCUUCGCAGGUUUGAAGCCGAGCCUCUGCCGGAGAACACCAACCGUCAGCUCCAGCUCCAGUUCGAACGGCUCGUAGUCCUCGAUUACAUCAUCAGGAACACAGGCAUGGGAAAUGACAACUGGCUUCUCAAAUAUGACUGCCCUAUGGAUGCUGUGGGGAACAGGGACACAGACUGGGUUGUAGUGAAGGACCCAAUAAUCAAGCUGGCAGCCAUAGACAAUGGUCUAGCCUUUCCCCUCAAACAUCCUGACUCCUGGAGAGCAUAUCCAUUCUACUGGGCGUGGCUCUCCCAAGCCAAAGUUCCUUUCUCCCAAGAAAUCCGAGAGCUAGUCCUACCAAAACUCUCUGACCCAAAUUUCAUCAAAGACCUUGAAGAGGACCUCUAUGAACUAUUCAAAAAAGACCCUGGUUUUGACAGAGGACAGUUCCACAAGCAGGUUGCUGUCAUGAGGGGGCAGAUUCUGAACCUGUGCCAAGCCCUGAAGGAUGAUAAAACGCCACUGCAGUUGGUCCAGAUGCCCCCGGUGAUUGUUGAAACUGCCAGAGCCCCCCAAAGAGCUAAUAGCGAGUCAUACACACAAAGUUUCCAGAGUAGAAGACCUUUCUUCACCUGGUGGUAGGAACCACGCAUUGGGAGGGGGAACAGCAGGAAGCAGGUGAAGAGAGUACACGUUUGUCUCCUGGAAAUAGAUUCAAUUACCACCGUCCGUCCGUCCCCGACUCUCAAAAUGGACACUGUCUGAUUACUGAAAGUGUGUGGGUGAAAGAUGAGGCAAAAGGGGGAAGAAUUUUACAUUGCUUCUUCUUUGUUUGCCUCGGUGCCUUUGGACGUAAAGACGUUUUAAAUAUUUCAAUUUGCAAGGAGAGUUCAGAAUUCUUUUGGAUUCCCCAGGGGGCACGUGUGAGCCGCCCACAUGUGCAUGACAAUAAAUCAGAAACUGAGAUUGUCUAACUGAAGAUGGGAGAUGUCUUGUCAAUGUUUUCUUCAUGCCGCUCUGCCUUUUAACAUUCACCUGCAUUUUCACCACUCCUACACUGUCUAUUGGACUGCACUGACAUGGCCUAUUUUGAACCAGUAGAAGGAGCGUUCAUGAUUAUUUAAAUCCUGAAAGGUUUUGGAAUGGACACACUGUCCACGUCAACACGGUGAGCACGAUAUGUGAAGUGGUCACAGCCAAGAGUUGACUUGAGAUUUUUCAAGUCAUGUCGGGUGAAAGUGGAGAGCCAAGGUGUGUGUGCUUAGAGAAGGUGUUUUUUUUUUGUUGUUGUUUUUGUUUUUUUUA